AGCAUUUUUCACCAGGCCCGGUGUAACAAUUCGUACUUGCCCACAGCGUGGUGUGGUAGGGUGGAGGGGGGCCUAUGGUUAGAGUGAGAUCUGGUGGAGCAGAAGACAGUGAUAGCGGGCAGAGAUGGAGGAUCGAGGGCACUGGGCCAGUAAAACUGAGUUUCUUCUGGCGGUGGCAGGGAACGUGGUGGGUCUAGGAAAUGUGUGGAGGUUCCCGUACCUGUGCUACAAGAAUGGAGGAGGGACGUUCCUGGUGCCGUAUCUGGUGUUUAUGGUGACUUGUGGGGUGCCCCUUUUCCUCCUGGAGACAGCUAUGGGGCAAUACACUCAGGAGGGGGGCAUUACAUGCUGGCAGCGCCUCUGCCCUCUGGCUGAUGGUGUUGGCUAUGCAGGUCAGCUGAUUUUGAUCUACAGCUGCAUGUGCUACAUCAUUGUUCUGGCCUGGGCACUGUUCUACCUGGUGUUCUCCUUCAGCUCCCAGCUGCCCUGGGCCACCUGCGACAACAGCUGGAACACAGAGUGGUGUACUUUUGGAGUAAGGAACCUUACACUCAACUGGACUGGACAAACCAACUCAACAUCAGCGGCCACAGAGUUCUGGGAGCGCAGAGUUCUGGACAUCUCUGGAGGAAUUGAGGAGCUGGGUGAACUGAAAUGGGAGGUCGUCCUCUGUCUGAUCACCAUGUGGAUCAUCUGCUACUUCUGCAUCUGGAAGGGUGUCAAAUCCACCGGCAAGGUGGUGUAUUUCACAGCUACGUUUCCUUAUGUAAUGCUGUUGGUGCUGCUGAUUCGGGGGCUGACUCUGCCGGGGGCUCUGCAGGGUAUCCUCUUCUACGUCUAUCCGGACCCCCAGCGCCUGCUGGAUGCACAGGUGUGGAUGGAAGCAGGUACUCAGGUGUUCUUCUCAUACAGUGUGGCUGUGGGCUCUCUCACCGUGCUGGGAAGCUACAACACAUAUAAAAACGACUGCUACAGGGACUCGUUAUGGCUGUGUGUGUUAAACAGCUGUACAAGUGUGGUGGCCGGAUUCGCAGUGUUCUCAGUUCUGGGUUUCAUGGCCCAUCAGCAGGGAGCUGCAGUGGAGGAUGUAGCAGAGUCAGGUCCUGGCCUGGCGUUUAUAGCGUACCCUCAGGCUGUGGCGAUGAUGCCGUUACCUCAGCUGUGGUCUGUCUGCUUCUUCAUCAUGAUCAUCCUGCUGGGCCUUGAUACAGAGUUUGUUGCCAUGGAGGUGGUAAUCACUUCAGUGACUGACGUGUUCCCUGGAGUGCUGCGCCGAGCUGGACGCCGAGAAUUUUUCGUUCUCUUCUACUGCCUUAUCUGCUUCUUCAGUCAGCUAGUGAUGGUCACUCAGGGAGGGAUGUUUGUGUUCCAGCUGUUUGAUUAUUAUGCCUGUAACGGGACCUGCAUUCUGUUUCUGGCUGUGUUUGAGUCUCUGGCUGUGGGCUGGAUUUACGGAGCUGAGAGAAUGAGUGAUGUCAUUAAGGACAUGACAGGAUGGCAGCCUAACUUCAUCUUUAAACUCUGCUGGAAGUACCUUACCCCCCUUGUUUCUAUGGUGUCCUUUAUCUGCUCUCUGGUGGAGUACCAGCCCCUGACUUUUAACCGCUGGUAUGUGUACCCGGCCUGGGCCUAUGGGCUGGGGUGGGCGAUGGCGCUCUCCUCCAUUGUGCUGGUACCAGGACGGGCAGUGAUUCUGCUGUGGGCAGAGAAAGGGAGCCUGAAACAGCGCUGGAUCCGGCUCUGCACACCCGACCCUGACCUGCCCCAGAUCCAGAGGCCGAGGCCUGUGAUACAUGAAGUGACCACAGCAGCCGAACUGACGGAGCUGAUCAACACUACCACUGAUCAACAUAAACUAACACCUGUUUACUGAAAGUAGUAAAAUCCACUGAGUCUGAAUUCACAAAAAAUAAUAUCAGGUCUGGACGUGUGGUGUCAAUCAAUUGAAAAAAUAAUGUGAUUAAUAAUGAUUUAUUAUUAUUUCGAUUUUAAUGGCGGAUAUUUAAAUGUAAAUAAAUAAUAGAUGUAAGAUUGAAUUUUUUUAUUAUA